AUGACCUUGGGCUUUUUAAUUACAACAAAUGAACAUUCGACAAUCAUAAGUCUUCAUGAACAAUUAAUAAAAAAAUUAGGUUGUUAUCAACAAGAUCUUGAAAUUAUUUCAUCAUUUUUAAAUUGUAAAGUGAAAAGAAUUAAUAAAAGUAGUUCAUUAUGGUAUUUACUUAAAAAAUUAACUUUAUCUCAAGUUUAUGAGAAAAAAGACCAUAUAUUAUUAAAAAAGUUAUCAUUAAGAGCUUUGAAAAGUUGUCAAAUUCAUUUUGCAAAUUAUUAUGCUAAUAAUUAUUUACGUUGGAUUAUAACAAUGAAUCAACUUUUAGGAAUUUCAAAUGACUUUCUAAUGAAAGAAUUGCGUAAAUUAUGUCAUUUGAUUUUAUCUGAUAGUUCAUUAUGGAGUACUUUUUGUUUUUUAAUUGGUGGUUCUAAUGAAAAACAUUUUGAGUUUGUAAUUUUCGAAUUAAGUCAAGUAACAAAUUCAAAUUUUCAAUUCGAUAACACAAAUAAGGUAGAUUAUCAGAAUAUAAUUAUAGAUGAGUUUAAAUGGUUAAUUAAUGUACAAUGUCAUUAUUUAAGUCCAUUUAAAUUAUUAAUUCAAUCUUGUGAAUCUAUUGAAAUUUUACAAUUGAUAAAAUUAAAGUCACAAGAUAUUAAAUUUGAUGAAAAACUACGAAUUGAGAUUAUUAAGUUAAUUGAUUUUCAAAUAUCAAUUCUACAAACAAAGCUGACUACAUAG